UGUCGAGAGUGAGGAGAGAUGAGCCGACGCUGCAAAGGUGUAACACACAAAGAGAUCUAACAGACUGCGUUUUGUGGAACAAACAGGAAGUGGAGCAGCUCAAAGCUUAGUGGGAUGCUGUGAAGACACCUGCUAAGUGGCCCGAGAAGUCAGUAUUUGCCCUAAAUGUCCUCUGCAGGAUGGAUGACCAGGACAGAGUAAGCCAAGCAUCCAGCGUGGCCACCAUUUCUUACUUCCCCGUCACAAGGGAAAGCGAUGGCAAGUUGCAAACUUUUGGCAAAAGAUGCCAGGCUUCCAAGAGAGACCCCAACUGCCCAGUGGUCAUCAGAGGAUGGCUCAACAAAAAAGACAGCACUGGUUUGAAAUUGUGGAAGAGAAGAUGGUUUGUCCUCUCCAACUACUGUUUGUUCUACUAUAAAGACAGCAGGGAAGAAUCUGUGCUGGGCAGCAUUCCGCUGCCAAGCUACAAAAUCUUAUUCUGCACGCCGCGAGAAUGCAAGAACAGAAAGUUCACAUUCAAGGUGGUGCACCAGGGGAUGCGUUCUUAUUAUUUCAGCGCUGACACUCAGGAGGACAUGCUGGGUUGGGUCCGAGCUCUCAGUCAGUCUGCUUCCAUGGAGACAGCCAAUUCUAUGCACAGGCGCUACUCAAGCUACCAAGAUUUCACUCAGAUAGGCGGUAGCAGUGAAUCGGUGGACCUCCCAAAGUCCCCCUCGGACGAGGAGACGUGUCCAAAACCGAGACAGGUCAGCAGAACUCUAAGUGAACCGAGCCAUCUGAGCGGAGGAAGAAUCGUGACGUCAAACGCAGAGCAGAGAGGCAGACGUAGAGCUCAGAGGAACACAAGCCCUUCACCGACUCCUUGGGGUCCAAACCGGGAAGGGGAUUCCCUCCCCUUCAUCACAUCGGUGACGCAUGCGGAAAUCAUCGCUCUGGCCUCCAGAAGUCAGCUGGGGUCGCGUCCUCACACACCCGUGGGGAGGGUUGACGUUCGACCCCGGGAUGACUCGGUCUCAAUGCCGGACACGCUCUACUACACGCCCGGCUCGCCCAAGAUGGAGUUCAAAUCCGUUCCCACCACUCCAGUCACGGAGAGGUGGCAGAAGCCUUCACCUAUAUAUGGAUCUGUGCAUCAUGCCCCCACUGGACGAAGACCUUUAGCAAAGAGCUUCUCUGCAGGGGUCCACACAGACCUGCUGCCCCCUUUGCCCCCCUCAUCCAGGGGUGCAAACGCGCACCACCCCCCACACCAGCAACACCAUCACCGCACCCAUGUAUCCUCUCCAAAGGUUGACCCACCGCCAAUCAGACCUCUGGAAAGUGACGCUGAUGCUGUGUUGACAAGGUUGUGUGGGUGCGACAAGCUUCUACAGUCUUUGUCCGUAGAACUUUCACAACUACAAAUGGACAAGGAUAGUGUCCAGUGUGCAUUAGAGGUCUUGAGGCUGCAGCUAGAGGACUGGAGCAACCAGGGCCCCCGGGCACAUGAGGACGCCCUGACCCAGAAGGCUUUGCUCCAGGAGGAACUGGUCACAAUCCGAGCCAGAAUGUGUGACGUGUCAUUGGAAAUGGAGGUUGUGUGGAGUCAGUAUGAGAGAAUGGAAAGUGAACUUUCUGUUUUUCGCUCACACUUGCAGCACAUUUGUAACUUUGGGAUGCCGCAGGAGCAAUCUCAGGCCCAGCGAGAACUAUGGAUGAUGGAGGAUAUCCUCGCUGGGUUAAAAGUAAACAGGGAUCACUUCCGCUUCCUGCUGGCAUUACAGAAACACCACGUGUUCGAGUCCUCAGGGCCACAUCCUGGAUCUCCCGGUUCUCCCACAGAGAUGCCUCACAGUCUGGCAAUACAAAAGAUGGAACAAGAGCCACCCGUCCGCCCUCCUUUACCCCAGGAGUUACUGCAAAGCAUUCAAAGCAGGAGCAAGGACCUCGGCUGGACAGAGUCACCACAUGAGGGGAUCUACACCGCUGAAAAUAUCCACCGAAGAGGCAAAAGUCAACCUGACCUCCUUAAUGUGAAAGCACACAAGGAUGCAUCUGCGUCUCAAUCAAGCACUAAGGGGAUCACAGCGGAUACAGCGUCCCAAACAAGCAAGAAGAUGAAGAUGAGCGAGGAGGAGCAGAUGGAGAGGAUGAAGAGGAACCAGGAGAGGAUGACUAAUAGGAAGAAACCUCCCAUCCCCUCUCCAGCUGCCAAGAUACAAACCCAAAGUUCAGAAAUGCAAAAGGAGGCCACCUUUCCUUUAAGGGUGACACGGGUGGUUACCGCUGUGCUGCCAUCUUCCCUCGUGGCCCGGCGGGUUUCCGUGGAGGAUCCCUCGCCCGAGCUGGACGCCCCGCUGCCAGAGCAGAUCUCGUCAGAGGCGCAACGACGAGUGGCGGAGCGGAGCAAAAAAUCCCGGACAGCCAGGCCCGCUCAAGCCUCAGCGGAGAAACCUCAGGAGAAUCUUGUUAUGAAGGCAGGCCGACUCGCAUCCAGGAGCUCUGAGCCGGAGUCAGACGUGAGCAAAGCUGUUUCUGCAGAGGCCUCGAGGAAGCACGUUUGUGAGACAUCAGCAGGUCAAGGAGACCGACACAGCUCGGAAAUCAAGGCAGAUGAACGGCCCUCUUCUCUCUUGACCGCUGAUGUGGACCCUGACCUUUGCUUGACCCCCGAGCAGCGUGAGGCCAAACUCAGACGUGUGGAACGAAUACGACAGCGAGUCAUACAAAGUGCCAUUACGCCAAUCAAGCAGGAGGGGCAUCUCCGUAACACAUCAGGAAAGCAAAGAGCAACAUCAGACUAUGAAUCUAACUGCCAUACGAAGACAUUCAGAACUUCCCUGAGUUACGUUCCUCCAGAGGCUCCCAUCCCUGGUGCAAUAUCACAAGUUGAAAAUAAUCAAAAUCAACAUGUUGACAACGCAAAGACUCCCAUAAAAUUCCUAAGCAGAACACAGCACAAAAGUUACAGUCGCAGGGCAGGCGUUGCCACUAAAAUCAAACGGCCGCCUUCGCCACAUCACAUCACGUCUAUGACAGUCUAUCAGAAAGACGCGGGCGAGGGCUUUCUUAGUUGCAAGGAGGAUGACAAGCAAGAGGUUCACGAACCUGAUGGUGAUGAAGUUGAUGACGGGAAUAAUCCAUCUUCCGAUUUGAGAUCAAAGUGGUUCCUCUCCGCCAACCACCGUCUUGAAUUCCUACCUUUGCACAUCCCCGACAUUGACAUCAGCACUGAGGAGACGUCACGCAAGGAGGACCACCAACCCGCUUGCUCUGACGAUGGGAACGACUCCAGUAUGAUGUCCUCGGCAGUCAGUCAGAGCUUAGAGAAAAUGAAAGAAAACCACUCGCUGUUCUAUAAGAUCGCUUGCGACAUCAGCAUCUCAGACACGGACAUAACCAAGAAAGAGAAUUCCCGAGAGGAGCUCGUCAUCACCGAAUGUGUGCUCAGAAGCGCAUCGGAUCAGGAGAGCGAGGACUUCGGCCGCAAGUUGGCAUCCGAUACAGAACUAGUGGAUGCACUCAGGUCGUACAUUGAAGAAACAAAACACGGAGCUCCACCUCAAGACACAGCUUACCAUCGGGCCUUAGACUGUGACAGAGAGGGGAACGGCGGGACCAAAAAGUCUGAGGAAAGGAGUUCGGGCCAAGACAGAUGCAAGCAGAAUCAAGACACAGCAGAGGACCAGGAAAAAUUGAAAACUUCAUCUAGUUCCGGCCACCGGGACAAGGGUGCCAGUCGGAGGGACUCUUACCAAAAAGCAAAAGUAACUGUUUUCAGGACCAGUUUGUAAGAGGAAUAACUGCUUUUAUAUCCUUACUUGUCGGGAAAUUAAAAAUGACAAAAAUAGAAGUAUACUCGGAGUCCAUAUCUGUCCAUCAUUGGACACACAUUAUUAGACUUUCAACUUUUUUAACAAAAGUAGUGCAAAGGUCUUGGGCCACCAUUAGAUUUGUUUUAGCAAUUAUAUAAUGACCAAUAGGCGGCAAAUGAGCGUCAGCCUCACAGUUCUGAGGUGCGGGGUUCAAUCCCCGUCCCCGCCCGUGUGGAGUUUGCAUGUUCUCCCCGUGCCUGCGUGGGUUUUCUCCGGGCACUCCGGUUUCCUCCCACAUCCCAAAAACAUGCAUUAAUUGGAGACUCUAAAUUGCCCCUAGGCAUGACUGUGAGUGCGAAUGGUUGUUUGUUUCGAUGUGCCCUGCGAUUGGCUGGCAACCAGUUCAGGGUGUACCCAGCCUCCUGCCCGAUGACAGCUGGGAUAGGCUCCAGCACGCCCGCGACCCUAGUGAGGAGAAGCGGCUCAGAAAAUGGAUGGAUGGAUGGAUAAUGACCAAUAGGGCACGUGGUGCCUCGAGAUACGAGUUUAAAUAGUUCCGUGAACACCAUCGUAACUUAAAGCGCUUAUUUCUCAAAUCAUCUUUCCCCAUUGCAAUGGAUGGAAAUGCCAUUAAUCCGUUCCAGCCCCCCCCCCCCCCCCCCCAAAAAAGAAACAACAAAGAAAUGUGUAAUGUGUGUUUAUUUAAGUGAGAAUAGCACUCUAUAAUAUUGUACUUUAUAAAAUCAUACAGUAAUGACAUAAUAAAAUUAAAAAGAAUUAGCUCAAUUCAGUGGCCACUGUGCUACUCCUGUUGGUGUGCCCGCUUUAGCAGUAUAAGUCCAGAGGGUACAAACCCUGUACUCGAACUCUUGAGGGUAUACUGACUUAUUAACAAUUCAUUGAAGCCUACCGCAGUUUUUUUUCCUUUUAUUUUUCUGAGAGUAAAAAGACAAGUUUGUAAAAUAUCUCCAUUAUACAUGCAAGAUGCACACAAGCAAAUUGCUCUUGGCAUGCAGUCACUCUGAGGAUAACACUUCUAAAAUCAAGGAAGAUGAUUGGAUGGAUAACAUUGUUGGCGUUUGACAAAGUGUGCUAUUGUGUUUUGUAUCUUAAACAUCCUUAUUAAUAAAGAUGCCGUGCUGUACAUGGAAAGCCC